AACAAUAAUGUUUUUAUAAUAAGCUACUUCACAUACAAUGGUAGCAUAUAGGCAGCUAGUACCAGCAAACGUGCUUGUGUAUUAGUAUCGCAGUUGGAAAGAUAUCAAAAUGAAGUAUUUGUUGAUGAUGGCAUGUCUUUUUAUAAUGGUGUGGAAAUCACUGCAAUUAAGCGUUGAGCGUGGAACAUAUAAGAAGCUGUACGGCUCCAAGAAUCCAAAGAAAAUGUUAAACGUUGUGUACGAAAUGUGUAUGACAUCAACACCCGCGUACAUCAGCGCUACAGCUCGACCAGUGGAUUCUUCACUGCCACACACGUUUAAAGUGACCGUCGUAGAUAUACAACGGUACAGUGUAUUGGUGGAACUUGAACGCACAGACCAGAAAUCGGGGUGGGAUGAAAUAUGGUUGGCUGUAGAUUGGGUUGCAAGCAGUAAAGUAAUUUUUCGAAACUGCAACGAGUAUUACCAUGGUGGAUACACAAGCAACGGCACAUACGAAGUUUUACUUCCAAACGGGAAAGCGCUCAAUGUUUCGUGCUAUAUGGAGCCAGGCAGUGGAGGUUGGACGUUUGUACAACGUCGAAAAAAUGGUUCUGUUGAUUUUUAUCAAGAUUGGGCCAACUAUACAAAGGGGUUUGGAAAUCUUGAUGGGGACUUUUGGUUGGGGCUGGAAAAUCUGCACUUACUGACUAAAGAUAAUAAAUCUGCCGCUCGCAUUGUCAUUACCAUGAAUUGCUAUGCAGACUUUUGGAUAUUUACUGAGUACAUACAAUAUUCAUUCUUUCAAAUAUCUUCUGCGGCUGAAGGUUACAAAUUAAACGUUGGGGGGUACAACGGUUCUUUACUUGGCGAUUACUUGUCAGCGAGCAACGGAUAUUCCUUUUCAACAUACGAUAAGCUUGGUGAUCAAAUUCGUAAUUUAUCCUGCUCUGAGCGUACUAAAGCAUCUGGGUGGUGGCGCCACCGUUGCCAUGACACGAGCAUCAACGGAAUCUAUUCACCAUGUAGUUAUGGAACUGCAUUCGCUGGCGGGGCGGUGCCGCACGGGUGGUACGGUGCAGAGUAUACAGCUCUGAUAAUACAGCACAGAAAUUAAGCGUGUUUGAUUACUGAUGCUGCUCGUAUGAGUUCCACGAAUACUUUUCAUCGAAUGAUUAAUCAUGUUGUUCCUUUGGUUCUCAGUUAAAAAAAAGAUGACAUAAUAUGUGAUGCACUGAUUGUAGGCUAUACUUUAUACAAAAGGAAUGUUAAAACUUUACAAUUAAGACAAUACUUUAAUAUAAAUAACCGAUUGAUUGAACGAAUAAAUGUAUUUAUGUUUAAAUAUAUGGAUUUAUUCAUCCCUCGUCGUUAUAACACUAUCGUUACAGCAUUUAAAUCAAUUUAGACUUAGCAAUGCCGAAUUGGCAGGUAAUUAACGGUGUAUAAAUUGAAAACAUG